CCCCAAAAUCUCAGCUGCUCCUUUGUCCUGAGACCUUCAUGUAUAAAUUCUGACCCUAAGCUUCAACAAUCUGGCUUUCUCUCUCCACCAUUUUUUCUCUCUCUAGAUACAUUUAAUAAAAUCCAAUAAUCAUUUUUAAAUCUUCGUACAUAUAUAUACACGUUGACAGUGUGAAUUUCUCAGCAAAACUAUUUUCUCUGCGCAUCACCGAGGCGAAAUUUUGAAGAGGCAAGUAAUGGCUUCUAGAGCAAUUCUACGGAGAAGGAGGCUUCUUUCUAACUAUUUGAAUGUCUCUGCUCGGUCUAUUAAAACUCUUCAGGCGGGGAAUGGGCAAUCUGCUCAUUAUUUGGAUUCCCGCGGUUUUAGCUCAACUGUGAAUUCUAUCUGUCAAGGUUCAGAUCAAAGAAAGGAUAGUGACGAUGUUUCUGCAAUAAACGAUGGAAUUUCGAGAUUUUCGGGUUUAGGAUUCCUCCAGCCAAAAUGUUUUAACGCUACAGUAUUUGGCUAUGUAAAUAGAAGAGUCGAUAUUAUUUCUUCAGCUGGUGUGAGGUUGUCGCCAUAUUCUGUACGUUGUGCUUCUACAGCAACAGCAAAGCAACCUAAUUUGGAAAGUGAUGAUGAAGAAGAGUUGAUUGCCAAAAAGAAAAGUGAAGCAUCUCCUGAGGAAUGUGAUCAAGCUGUUGUAGGACUAAGUACUGCAAAGGCCAAAGCAAAAGCAAAACGGCUGCAAGAAUCUCAGAAGGUUGCUAAAUCUAUUAUACAGAGAGUAUGGGCGACACUUUUGGGCAUUGGUCCUGCUUUGAGGGUGGUGGCCUCGAUGAGUAGGGUAGAUUGGGCCAAAAAGCUUGCUCACUGGAGACAUGAGUUUAUAUCUACUCUGCAGCAUUAUUGGCUAGGUUCUAAGCUCCUCUGGGCUGAUACGAGGAUCAGUUCAAGACUGUUGAUAAAGCUAGCUAGUGGAAAGAGUCUUUCUAGAAGAGAGAGGCAACAGCUCACACGAACUACAGCUGAUAUAUUCAGGCUGGUUCCAUUUGCUGUUUUCGUCAUUGUCCCCUUCAUGGAAUUUUUACUGCCUGUAUUCUUAAAGCUGUUUCCAAACAUGUUGCCAUCUACUUUUCAAGACAAAAUGAAAGAACAGGAAGCAUUAAAGAGAAGGUUGAUUGCGAGGAUAGAAUAUGCAAAAUUUCUUCAAGACACCGUCAAGGAGAUGGCUAAAGAAGUCCAAAACUCUCGGAGUGGAGAACUAAAGAAAACAGCUGAAGAUCUUGAUGAAUUUCUGAUCAAGGUUAGAAGAGGUGCAGGAGUCACGAAUGAGGAAAUUUUAGGCUUUGCCAAGCUGUUCAAUGAUGAGCUUACCCUAGAUAAUAUAAGCAGGCCCCGAUUAGUAAGUAUGUGCAAGUAUAUGGGGAUCAGUCCUUAUGGAACAGAUGCUUAUUUGCGUUUUAUGCUUCGGAAGAGAUUGCAAAGGAUUAAAAAUGAUGACAAAUUGAUUCAAGCAGAAGGAGUGGAGUCUCUUUCGGAAGCUGAACUUCGUGAAGAUUGUAGAGAGCGAGGCAUGCUUGGUUUACUUUCCGUUGAAGAAAUGCGCCAACAGCUCCGAGAUUGGUUGGAUUUGUCACUUAAUCAUUCAGUGCCUUCAUCACUUCUGAUCCUUUCCAGAGCUUUCACUGUUUCUGGAAGGUUGAAGCCAGAGGAGGCUGUUGGAGCUACACUGUCUUCGCUACCAGAUGAGGUUGUGGAUACUGUGGGCAUCACUUCCCUGCCAUCUGAAGAUUCGCUAUCGGAAAGGAGNCCCCACACACACACACACAAAAACUGGAUUUUAGGUAAUUGUACUUUUCUGCAGGAGGAGCAAGAGAAAGAAGAAGAGAAAACCAGAAGGAAGGAAUCUGUCUGUAGUGAAGAGGAUGUGGCAUUGAAAGAGAUGACUAUUCCAACUGCUACAGAAGCACAAGAGCAAGCUCGAGCAAGAGCAAUUGACAAACAAGAGCAGCUAUGUAAAAUUAGCCGUGCCUUGGCUGUUCUAGCUUCUGCUUCUUCUGUUAGCCAAGAGCGUGAAGAGUUCCUGAGGCUUGUAAGUAAAGAGAUCCAACUUUAUAAUAGCAUGGUAGAUAAAGAGGGUACAGGUGGUGAAUUGGAUGCUAUCAAGGCAUAUAGAGCUGCUCAUGAUGAGAAUGAUCAUGCUGCUGAACAUGAUGAGGUUUCAUCUGCACUCAUAGAUAAGGUUGAUUCCAUGCUUCAAAAUCUUGAGAAGGAAAUUGAUGAUGUUGAUGCCAAAAUUGGCGACCAUUGGCGAAUACUUGACAGGGAUUAUGAUGGGAAAGUGACUCCCGAGGAGCUAGCAGCUGCAGCCAACUACUUAAAGGAUACUCUUGGCAAAGAAGGGGUUCAAGAACUUAUCAGCAACCUUUCCAAAGAUACAGAUGGGAAGAUUUUUGUUGAAGACAUUGUUAAGCUUGGCAGCCGCGUAGAAGAAGCAAGGUCCCAUGAAUAGACAGAGUGACGCAACAAUUUUGGUUUCUUAAAUAAAACAUUACACUUACACUAACGUAGUCCAGCAUAUAAUUAGGCCCCCAAUUAUAGAAAGGUCUGUUAGUUUUCUUUCUCAAAGCUUUGACGUUUCCAGUCAUUGAGGUUAGUCCCAUGUGAGUAACUCUGUUAUAUCAUAUGAACUCAGAUAUUUCAUAGGAAGAUGGUAAAAGAAACAAAGCUAUGAAGAAAUAAAUAUGUACCGUUAGGCAUGUAAAGGCAGUCCUGAGAUUAAGGCUGAAUAUUUUUUUGACUUUGAUAUAUAGUGGAGAAUCAUCCUAUUUUCCUUUCUGAUGAA